CAACUGUGCUUCAGGCGAGUAGGUCUUGUUCCGACAGUUGGUCGCACGUUCAUUCUUGGACUCCAUCUCUCUGUCUCUUUCUCUCUGGUCAAAGUUACGCAGAGAAAUCGGACUAGCAAUAAUAAAACGAUGUCUUCGCUGCGCUUCUAUUAUGAUCUGAUGUCGCAGCCCUCGCGGUCGCUGUUCAUCAUCUUUCGGCUGAGUGGCAUGCAGUAUGAGGAUUGUGUUGUGGCACUCCGAAACGGCGAACAUCUGACCGAUGAGUUUAAGCAGAACAUCAAUCGCUUUCAGCGUGUGCCCUGCAUCAAUGACAAUGGCUAUAAGCUGGGAGAGAGCAUUGCCAUCUUGCGUUACCUGAGCGCCAAGGGCAAGAUUCCGGAGCACUUGUAUCCCAAGUAUUUUGUGGAACAGGCGCGCGUCGAUGAGUUCCUCGAAUGGCAUCAUAUCACGCUUCGCGUGACUUGUGCUCUCUAUUUCCGCACCAUCUGGCUGGAUCCGCUGCUGACGGGACGUACGCCGUCCGAGGCAAAGAUCGAGACGCUGCGCAUGCAUAUGGAGCGUAAUCUGGACAUUGUCGAGGAGGUGUGGCUGAACAAGAAAGAGUUCCUUACCGGACCCACGCUCACUGUCGCCGACAUAUUUGCAGCCUGUGAAAUUGAACAGACGCGCAUGGCCGAUUAUGAUGUGCGCAUUAAGUAUCCCAAGAUACGCGCCUGGCUGAAGCGAGUGCGACAGAGUUGUAAUCCCCAUUACGAUGCUGCUCACCAUAUAGUUUACAAGAUAUCAGGCACGGGACCACAAGCCAAGCUUUAAGAGCAUUCCAUAUAUGUUUGAACAGAUUCUGUAACCCUAUAUGUAUAUACAAAAUCUUGUAUCUUUAUCUUUCAUGUUUAGUUGUCUUAGAUUAAGUAUUAUUAAUAUAAAAAUGUAUAAAAUAUGUAACUAAAUAAUCUUUUUGAUGCAUUUAAUGAGAUUUUUUAAAUAUAUAAAUUUAUUUGUGUAAGUUUA